GUAGACCGGAGAGGAGGUGGUGGCCAAGGAGAGCUUUUUGAAUAGGGAAGUUUUGCACGGGGUUACAUUCGCAGUUAUCGCAGUGUUUGCAAAUAUUGAGUAGGCAUUCUGAGCAAGUUAUCUUCUCGAGAGAAGCCCCAGGAGGAGUCGAAACGCAAGGACCCAGCAAGCAGCAAACCCUUGGAAGUGACUCUGCAAAGCAAAACAUUACAAAAAAAAACAAAAAAAAAACAACCAACCUCAAUCACAAUGGACCUAUUGCUGUGCAAUUAAACUUUGCAUGAAACUUGGCUUUGGUUUAUUUUUUUUUAAAAAACAACAACAACAACAAAAACCAUCUCUGCAUCUGCAACACAGCGGACGGGAUUAUAUAUGUAUAUAUCUCUUUUAUAUCUAGAUAAGAGACCGGUUUCUGGCGUUGGGAUUGCUCUCGUUGGUUCUCCUUUUUUUUUUUCCUGCCGUUUUUGUGUGUGCGUGUGUGUGUGCGCGGUGUGUUUUUUUUCUCCCCCCCUCUGGAGGAGGAAGUGGGACUUUGUAAAUAGCUGGUCGUAUUUCUGUCACCAUCACCUGCCACCCGCGAUUGCCACCGACAAGCAGCAACAGGAGCAGAAGAGCAUCUCAAGACAUCUGUAUCGUUGUUAGUAUCGCAAUUAUUUUUUUUCUCUUCCAAAAAAAAAAAAAAAACAUUGCAACUGGACAUUGCUUUUGUGGAGGGUUUAUUGGGACUUUUUUUUCUCUCCCCCCCACCCCUUAAAAAAAAAAGAGACAUGGAUGUACUCCCAAUGUGUAGCAUCUUUCAGGAACUCCAAAUAGUCCAUGACACUGGUUACUUCUCCGCUUUACCGUCUCUGGAAGAAUAUUGGCAACAGACUUGCUUAGAGUUGGAGCGAUAUCUUCAGAGUGAACCAUGUUACGUGUCUGCCUCUGAGAUAAAAUUUGACAGCCAAGAGGAUCUGUGGACCAAAAUUAUUCUAGCGCGGGAGAAAAAGGAGGAAUCUGAACAACAGAAAAAUAUCCCUGUUCCAAAGGAGGACAAUGCAAGUAACCAGAACUUAGAGACUAACAGUUUGAAUUCUGAUAUAAGCAGCGAAUCUUCGGACAGCUCUGAGGAGCUUUCACCUACGACAAAGUUUACCUCUGAUCCCAUAAGCGAUGUCUUAGGCUUGGCCAAUACAGGAAACUUGAGUUCGUCUGUCACUUCUACUCCUCCUUCUUCCCCUGAGUUGGGCAAGGAGUCAUCUUCUCAACUGUGGAAUUGUGCGCCAGGUGAAUUACAUUCGCCAGGCAAAAUUCGUACUGGUUCUAGUGGAAAGACUGCAGAAAAGGGUUCCCCGGUCAAUGGUGAUGCCUCUCCGGAUGGAAGGAGGCGGGUCCACCGGUGUCAAUUCAAUGGGUGCAGGAAGGUUUACACCAAAAGUUCACAUCUGAAAGCACAUCAGCGUACCCAUACAGGAGAAAAGCCUUACCGAUGCUCAUGGGAAGGGUGUGAGUGGCGUUUUGCAAGGAGCGAUGAGUUAACCAGACACUUCAGAAAGCACACAGGUGCCAAGCCUUUUAAAUGUAAUCACUGUGACAGGUGUUUCUCCAGAUCUGAUCACUUGGCCCUUCACAUGAAGAGGCAUCUCUGAAUGGGUUGAAGAGGUUAAAUCCUGCGGGCCAAGAGGCUUCAAGGCCAACCAGCCUUGAAAGAAGGGAUGCGUGUUCCAGCCAAAGCAUGCCACUUUGCACCCUAACCCAGUAGCCUCCAGGGCCUCUCUUCCUUGGAAGGUCUCCAGAGGGCUAAACAAGUCAUGUAAGAAAACGGCAUUGCGACCGCAUGGUGUGGGUCUCCUGCGCUGGUACCCAACCUUCUGAGUGGCUUCGACGCCUUCCGCCGUGAGCACGUGCACUGAGAAUGUUAAAUGACUGGACGACUGUAUGUUACUGAGGAUCUACUGGGCGACUGUAUGCUGAGGCACAUUUUUUUCCCGUUUGUUUGUUUUUGUUCCUUGUGGUUGUUUUUUAUGACCGUAAGAGAGAGAGAGAAAGAGAGAGAGAGGAGGGGAAAAAAAAGGUUGACUGAAUGGGGGAAUUUUUUGCAUACAUGCGGAGUCUAUUGCAAGUUGGAGUGAUCACUAAUCAUGUCCACGGGGCUGGGGAAAAGAGGUGUCUGCACCUUUUUU